AUGAAAUCUGUUUUGGCCGAGGAAACUCAAAAAGUGUCAAAUUUGAGAGGAAUUUUGGCCAAUCUACAAGUUAAGAAUAAGGAAUUAGAAAGCGAGCUCGAGAAAGAAAAAGAGAAAGGAAAUGUUACGGGUUUACGACAAACGGCCAAAAAUGUAUUGAAAUAUUUAAGGUUAAAGAAACAAGAAAACCAAAUUGGCACAUCCGAAAACUCAAAAAAAGCAGAGGAAGAAGAGAAGUUUUUGAAGUAUAUUGGACAGACUAAUGCAGCAUCUGACAAUUACUUGAUAGAAACUAUCGAUAAUCUAUUAAAUGACCCUUCUUGUACUGAAUGCAGAAAAUGCCAAGAUUAUGAGAGCCAAUUUGUCAAGCUUUCGAGGAUUUUAGGUACUUCUACAGUUAUUGAAGAGGCACAGACCUUAGUCAACCGCUUGCAUCAAUCAGAAAAGACAGAAGGAAAGCUACAACAAGAAAUUCAAGAAUUGAAAAAAGAAAAUUCUGAAUUUUCAAUGACGAUCACAAAAAUUUUACAACUAUUCAAUAUUUCACAGUCUCUUUCUUCAUUUACAAAUCAGUCCGGAAACAAUUAUAGUAGUAAUAAUAGUGUUUCUGAUGCAAUAUGUGGUGUUGUUGGUAAAGAAGUUGCGAAAUUAACAGAAACAAUCAGACAUAUUGAAGAUGAAAGAAAAAGAGACAAAGUUUUAGUUUCAAAGCGAUUGAUUGACUACUUUGGUGUUAGAAUUGAUGAUAAUUUGCUCGCACAAAUCGAUGAAGUCAAAUUGAAAUUUAAUCAAAACGAAAAAAGAAUGUCAGAGCUCAGUAAUUUCUGCGAAGACAUAGAAAGAAGACCUUGUUUAUUACUUGGUGUUGAAAAACCUAAUAGAGCCAUAUUUGACAGCAUCAGGUUUUUGUUUUCUUCUCUUGAAACGAGACAAAAUCCAUUGCAAUCAACUGUUGACAUUUUGCAACAAGAAAUUUCUACUUCAGAGACAAAUUUUGUUGAUUGCGAAAGAAGUGCUGCAAGAAUACUGAGAGAAAAAUUACAAGAUGUGUCUAACACUCCUUUGUCUGAAAGAAUUUUCAGAUUAUCAAAGCAACUUCGCGCAAUUGAAUAA